AAAUGUUGUAUAAACCUUGGUCAAUACUCAGAUCUGCCAAACUUUGUUUGCAAUGAUACAACAACGACGCGGGAAGAAAACCACACAACACAACUCCUGUAAAUACUGUUGGUUUCCUUCAUAGUUUAAUUAAUUUUAGCAAGGUUCAAAACCAAAAAGUAGUGAUAAACACAUCAACAUGACAAGGGGCAGAAUGGGCGGAGAAGGGAAUAGCGAAACUUCGUCAGUACCGGACAACUUCGAUAAAGGUCCCGCUGUAGAUGAUCCGACAGAGGCCAACCUUUGUUGGUCUGAUGAAGUUAUAGUGAAAUCAGAAGUCAUCAUUUUACCGGAUGACAUGUUGCCAACGUUACAGUGCCGUUUAUGCCAUAGCACAGACCAUUUGUGUUCGCCGAUAUUUAAUUUAGGCGGCGGGAUCGAGCUGACGGAAGCGCACUUUGAAACUAUUUACAGGCUGUCCGAUAUUGCAAUUACUUACGAGAAGGAUCACGCAUCGGUCGUGUGUUCCUACUGCUUGCUGAAGAUAGAAGAAUAUACCACGAUACGUGAAGUAUGGCAAAUGAAAAAUAAUGUAGCACACGAAAGCCGAGCGCCUGUGAUAAAGACUUCCAACACCAUCGCUGUUUGUACGGAUCCUCCUGACUUGAAAGAUGCCAGCACACAAACCUCCAGCGACUGUCAGAUACACACCCAUGGUACGGAUUUGCCUGGGGCAACAGAACGUGCAGCUAGCAGCAAAGAAACUCCGGUACCAGAUCCAACUCCCGCGCCGAUUGUCAUCGAUAUAAGCGAAGAAGACGACGAGCAUGGUGUACAACAAGAAGUAAUUGAUGUAGAGGAGUACUGCAACCGGUCGGAUGGCGAACGGAAAAGGCGUCGAAGCAAGACUGAACUUAUAGACGAGGUGAUGCAGUUAGUUAAGAAACAGUAUCGAUCAAAAUCACACUCACAAAAACGUCCCAGCCGUUAAUAAAGUGCAAACUUCAUUUAUGUACUAACCAAGA